UGCAGAUCUGUUAAUCUUUCACCUGCGACUAGUCGACUACCCUCAUCUGCGUCAUUCAUCGAUCUGGAUUAACUCGAGUAGUAAUGGCGUGGUAUACUGACCGAGGAUGGAUGUAUGAAAAGACCGAUAGUAAUGGAUUUCUUAAUUCUGAAUACUGUGACAAUGUCGAAUUGUUUUUGGACUUCGCAUUUUCUAAAGAAGAAGUGGUUGAUACGUGGGUGAAUAUGCAUGGUGAGACAAAACGUAACAUAAAAUGUCCUUGUUAUAAAUGCCAAAAUAUAAGUUACAGAGACAGAGCCACUGUACAAAAACACUUGUUUAAGGAUGGUUUCAUGCUUCGUUAUGAAAUAUGGAGUGAACAUGGUGAAAAGUCCAACCACGAUGUUGGACAAUCUUCUACUACAAUGGAGAUUGAUGAUGAUGAUGAUGAUGGUUGCAAACGUAUGGUGUUAGAUAACUUGUGUUCAUGCGAUUAUACUUCAAGUACAUUGGAAGGACGUGUACCGAAUCCAGAAGCAAAAAGAUUCUAUGACAUGUUAGAAGCUGCUGAUGAACCUUUGUGGGAGGGCGAAAAGGCUACAAGUUUUUCAAAGUUACAAGCUGCUACGAGUUUUUUGACAUGGAAAUCACUUUUCAAUGUGUCAACUGCAGCUUACAACUUUAACAUUUCCAUGAUUAAUGCAAUGUUGCCCGAAAAUAAUAAACUUCCAAAAAGCUUUUAUGAUACGAAGAAGAGUUUGGAACCAUUGAGUCUUCCAUACGAGAGAAUUGAUGUUUGCAAAAACCAUUGCAUGAUAUUCUAUAAGCAAGACAAGGCAUUGACACAUUGUAAAUAUUGUAAGGAAUCUCGUUACAAAAGUGUCUUGAAUAAGGUACCUAAUUUGGUGAUGUGGUACAUGCCAAUUGGUCCUAGACUUAAAAGGUUAUAUAUGUCUACAAAAACGGCCAAAGAUAUGACUUGGCACCAUGACCACAAAACAAAAGAGGGUAGCAUGGCACAUCCUAGUGACGGCAUGGCUUGGAAGCAUUUUGACUCGGAGAAUCCUGACUUUGCAAAAGAGAUUCGCAAUGUUCGUCUUGGGUUAUGCACUGACGGUUUCAAUCCAAAUAACUCUAACUCAAUUCCUUACUCAUUGUGGCCCGUCUUUCUUACAAUCUAUAACUUACCCCCGUGGAUGAGUAUGAAAGACUCGUUUAUUGAAGUUAUAAAUGCUCCAAAUAAGGAGCAUUUGAGAGACCUAGCCCAAGGCCCUCUAACUUAUGUUAAGUCACACAAGGGCUAUUUUGUUAAUGGUUACAAAUUUCACACGAAAACAGCAUACGAUGGUCGGGUGACACAAAAUAGUGGUGUGUGUGUCAAAGGCGCUUCGUACAAUGAACAUGAAAAUGAUUACUAUGGAUUAUUAGAUGAGAUCUUAGAGUUGGAAUAUCAUAGCACCAUAGGACGUUGUGUGGUUGUUUUGUUCAAAUGUACCUGGUUUGAUCCUGUGAGGGGGGUAAGGGUAGACCCUAAAACUCAUAUGGUUGAUGUUAAACCUACGGCUACAGGAUGUGUUGAUGACCCCUUUAUCUUAGCCUCGCAAGCACAACAAGUGUAUUAUACUUCUUAUCCUUCAAAAUCAAAAGAACUAAAAGGCUGGUUAGCCGUUGUAAAGACUACCCCAAGGGGAGUUUACGAACUCGACCAAGAUGUUAGUGAAAUAGAGGAUGAUGAUGUGGAUAUGGAGCCUUUCUUUCAAGAGAAUGAAAGAAUAGAAUGCACGGUAAUGGAUGAUCUUCUCCCUAUUUCUCUUGUACAUGAGGAUGGAAGGUUGGAAGAAGUGGAGGAUACGGAUGGCGAUAAUGAUGAAAAAGUUGAGUUUGAAGCCACAACUUUAGCUGACGAGGAUUUCCACAUCUUGCUUAAUUUUGACGAUGAAGAUUUAGAGUGACGGGUUUGUUUGUUAUAUACAAUGGCACAGGUUCAUGCGUCUACCCUUCGUCGUCAUCGUCGUCAUCUUCCCCAUCAUCACCUACACCGGCAAUAAGCAAAACGCCUCGUCUACUGCACUUUCAUGCAAUUUAUUAAUUCUGACUUUGGUUUAAUUUCGACCUUUGUUGCUGAAAUUUGGUUUAAUUUGGUAUAUUAUAGUUUCUACACUUUCAUGCAAUUUAUUUUAUAAUUCCUGCAAAUGGGUCAAAGGCUGCAGAAAUGCCUGUUUUGGCUGCAAGUUUGUUUAA